GAGACUUGACAAACUCCAUGUUUUGCUAAAGAUAAAAUGCAAAACAAUUAAAGAUACUCUAAACGGUGUUAGUCAGGGGUAAAAAGAUCGUUUUACCCUGGCGAAAGAUAAAGAACUCUAUUUUUUGGGCCGUUGGAGCAAGCGAAGAAGGCUCAAGACUCUUGGCCGGUUGGCCCGGCGCCCCGGCAUAUGAGGAAGAGAUGCAGCAGGCAGGCAGACUCUCCCAACCUGGGCCGCACGGCCAUGGCGGCGGUACACGCUGGGGCGGAGCGGAGAAUGGCGGUCGGAGAGGAGAGAGAGACGGCACCAAUGGAGGAGGAGCGCGAGCGAUUUGCUCCCCACCUCACGGGGCAGCCUCCUCCUCUGCCUACUGCUCUGCUUUCGGAAACCAGAGUGCUUCAAUCUUUUACCUCUAGAUCUGGACAUCUUGGCUAUUUGGGAAUCGGAUCAAUCGGUAGUACAACAGUAUAUUCUUAUCUAUGCACUAUAUUAUUUUUGGAAUAACAUAUAUAUACAGAUAGUUCUUUUUUUUUCUUUUUCUUUUCUUUUUUGUCGUGUACUACAGUUUCAUGCAUCCAACACUGUCAAUUUUCACUGACAGUUGUCUGUUUUAACCAACUUUCAUGGCAUCAAUCAAUCAAGCAAGCAAGCGAGGGGAGACAUGGAAAAAUGUUGUGAGUUAAUCAGACAUCAGUGAAACAGUGCGUGGCAAGAAAUAUGAAUUUGCAGAGACUUAAUGUUGGCUUCAUUUACUAGAAACUGCCACUGCUAGCCAGGACUCGCAAAAGGAAGUUCCAAACUCAUUGUCCACUGCUAACCAAGACACCUGAAUAGGAAUUCCAAGUGGCGUACGGUUUAAGCAUCUGAUAGGCCAAGGCCUUUUAAAAUAUUCUCAAGUUGCACUCCACGUUCUUUCCCUGCCGUUGGUUUAUCACACCAACCUUCAUUCUUUGUUUUUUCCAGACUCGUCCUACUUUUCUCUACUCGGUGCAAGUUGUCCUAUUAUAUAUCCAAAUGUGUAACAAAGUGCAGACUCUCAUCGUUAGCUUUUGUGGGACUGCCUAACCUCCAAUUAUUGGACUCCCCUACCUCAUUUUUCCCCUUCAAAGUCUUUGAUAUCACUGAAUUCUCUUCAAGCGGUCAUCUUUAUUUGGAUAGCUGUCCAUACAUACAAAGGAUAGCUGUCCAUGUGGUUUAGUCUAAGAGGGAAGGGAUACCGCAGAUCCUUGAAUCCUGAUGGCGGAGGUUGUCAGCUCUGCACUUGUCCAUGAGACAGUCAGCCAACUUCUAUCCAAUCUGGUUCAGAAAUAUGAGGACAAGGAGGAAUCGAGUGCGAACAGAAAUCUGGAGAGGCUAGAGAUGGCGCACAUCAGGCUGGAGGCUGCUCUCGAGACGUCAGAGAAGUGGCAGAUCACUGAUGCAUCCUUGUUGCGUUGGCGCAGGAAGCUGAAGCGUGCUGCUCAGGAGUGUGAUGACACGCUGCAUAAAUGCAAGCAGAGGAUCCUAGAAGACGAACAGACAGAGAAGGAGGUGAGGAUGUCCUCGUUUCCUGUACGUAUAGCGCAUACUACCAAGUCAUUUGUUUUCUCCAUCUUUGGCCCCAACAAAGACGAGUCGAACAGCUCCACUGUUCGAAGGUUUGAGUGGUUCGCAGAUGGUGCUAGCGAGUUUCUCAGAUUACUAGAGCUUGGUGGCAGGCCACGCCACCACAUGCCCUUUGACCCUCCUGUUAGGCAUCUUCUGAAUGGCAAGAAACUACAGCACAAAAUCAUUCAGGCAAACAAGCGUACUUUGUUUCUACAGUGGGUGCCCUAUAUCAAUGCAGACUAUGGAAUAGAGGCUAAAUUCAUCCUUAUGCAGAAAGAUGGUAAUGUAUCCGAGGAUGACUUUUUCUUUUCAUUAAUGCUACAGCUUUCGGAGAGUACAGACGUAGUAGGGAUCGCAAUUAGGUGCCUACAGCUAUAUGCCCCUCUUUUCAAUUUCAAGUCUGCAGUUGAAACGGUUAGGAAUAAACUUCUGCAACUACCUACAGAAGAUUUCUCAUGGGUACCAGAUAUUGAUACCCAUCACAAAGAACAUUGGGAUAUUCUUCACAGGUUUGGCACUGAUUGGUUUCGCCCAAACCCACUGUGUUGCAAGAAGCAUGAUCACCACAAGCUCUGUCAUGGUACUAGAAAGUUUAGCAAGUCAAGAUUACCAGAUGUUUUUCUGGAACCAGUUAUUGAAGUACAUCUGCAGUGCCAUGUCUCAGUCAUGGACUGCAACCAACAUAGGUCCUUACUGUCUGAAACCAAAAAUUCUCUGCAAGAUUCUCCAUACCUGAAAAUUGGACUCCUAUUUACCCCACAUGGAUGUUUAGAAGACAUCCUAGUUGUAGAUAGAACUCCCACAAUACCGGCGAUCUACAGCGAGGAGCAGCAUUUCUUGCAUAGAGACUUUACCUUGGGACAACUGGAAGAGACCAUGCUGCCAAAGGCAAUAGAUUACUUCUGCAAGAAUGAUGAAGCGGCAGUCUACCAAAUGCUUUGGAAAUUAAAACAUGGCGCUGCAUAUAUUCAGGUCGAGAAGACAAGCAUGACCACACAGAGAACAAGCAUGAGGACUUCUCAGGGGCCUAGGAGAGGGAAGCUGUUGCAAUGGCAUGAUCAGGAGAUAGGGAGACAGGCAAGUACGAUCUUUCAAUUUCUCAACCUGUGGGUUGCACAUGCGCCUGUCCAGCUGCAGGGCACGAUUGUCGACUGGAUUCAGAAAGAAAAGGAAAGUCAGUUAGCAGCACUGCAGCUACAUCAGAAAUUCCAAACCAUGUAACAUGGAUGGAUAAGGGAAAUGAGGAACACAAGACUGGAAAUUGGAUGUUAGGAACAAAUCAAAUAUUUGGAGUUAUUAUUAAUAGCUGAGCAAAAAUAUGUGGAAAAACCAUAAAUGCUCCAAACAAAGAGGCAUGAGGAGCAAAGCCAUAGCAUGUAGAUCACAAACUGACAAUUAGAAAUACUAUAUGUUGAGCACAUAACUGUUUUUUAGUGUCUUAUGGUGCCGAGUAUUUUUCUCUAGCUGAUCCUAUGCUGACAUAGUUUUACCAUCAUAUAUCAACUGUAAUGUGUUUUUAAGAGAUGUGUAAUUAAUUUCUAUUGACUUUUAAGAGGGUGGUUAUGGACCAUGAGCUAUUCCAUUCCUUUUCAGAGAAUUUUAGAAAAUAAUGCUCUUUUGCUACCAUGCACUCCUCUUUUGUUUUGUUCUAACUUCUAACAGAUUGGUGUAAUGCUCUGUCUCCCCCAUGUUCUAAACUCUGACACUAAAUUAGUCUUCAGUGAGGGCAAUGUAUUCAGGUGGUAAUCGUUUUACCAGUUGUUGACCGUAAAAAAAAAAUAUGUAUUUCAUUCUUGGUUGGUAAUUGCAUCUGCCAACUUUAUAUGACUGGAAUUUCUCCAUUUGAUAGUAUUUCACUCUGUGCCUGAUGAUUUCUGAAAGCAGAUGAAACUACAGUUUCCCCGUGCAAGGUUUGGGUGUGAUAUACUUUUGACGACUGUUUUGCUUUGCGCCUGCUGUUUGACUGUUCUCCAUGGGCGUGCCCGCGGUUUUUCAGCUAAAAAAAUGCGGAGAACCGCAGCGCACUGCAGUUGUCUAGUCUCCAAAACUGCAAGUGCUUCCUCUCCACCAAAUGCACCACUCUGUCCUAGACGUGCCGUGCUCUCUGACUACCCAGGCGAAGAGGACGACGACUAAAAUCGGAGGCAUGUGCAGGGAAUUCUGGAAGCUUGUCCAGUGCCUUGGAUUUGUUCUCAGGGAACUACACAUAGGAUAUUUCCAUGAAGCACGGAAGCACCCAGUGCCAUUCUGUUCACAUGGCUAAUUUCCUAUAGUAUGCUCUCCUAUGACUUUGCUAGUAAGUACUGACGUGUAGCUUCAUCUGGUACAGACUCUCCAAACACCAUGACUUUGCUGAAUGCCUUUUUCAUUCGUGCGCAAAGUAGAAGUGCUCAGGUUGCCAUUUGCUUUGUUGUCUGGUCCUGGGUCAAAUAUCACCCCACCCACCAUUUGAUUUUCUUGCACAAACACGUGCAGACCGGCAGAUUCUCAUGUUUCUGUUAAGUCAAAGAGAUAAUUUUUUUAGGCAUGAAUUAAGCCAAAAAGCAAUAAUUAAUCAGUACUUUCCUUGUGCAAACCAACUCUUGUCAUUACCAGUUGUUGACUUCUCGACGUCUCUUUCCUCUGAAAAUCUUGGGCAUCACAUAUACACUUGCGACAACUCCUCACCACUUCCUUGUACAUCAAUUGAGGGGAAGGAAUGCUAGAAAUACUUACUGGAUCCUAAUGACUGAGAUGGUCAGUUCUGUGGUUGUCCAGGAGACAGUUAGCCAAAUUCUAUCCGGUCUGGUUCACAGGUAUGAGGGCAAAGAAGACUCAAAUCCAAAUGAUAACUUGGAGAGGCUUGAAAUGGCACAUAUCAAGCUGGAGGCUGCUCUUGAGACAUCCAGUAAGUGGCAGAUCACUGAUAAGUCGUUGUUACGUUGGCGCAAGAAGCUAAAGCGGGCUGCUCAAGAGUGCGAUGACACACUGUAUGGAUACAAGAAGAUAAUCCUUGAAGAAGAACAGAUGGAGCAGGAGGUGAGGAAUUCUUCCUUUCCUAAACGAAUAGCACAUGCUACCAAAUCUUUUAUUUUCUCUGCCUUUGGCCGCAAUAACUAUGAGUCCAGCAGAUCUGUUGUUAGAAGAUUCGAGUGGUUUGCAGAUAGUGCAAGUGAGUUUCUGAGAUUCAUAGAGCUUGGUGGCACACCAUCCCGUCAGAUGUCAUUCAACUCUUUUGUCAAGCACCUUUUUGCAGGCAGGGAACUACAACAUAAAAUUGUCCAUGGAAAUGAGUACCCUUUGUUUCUACUAUGGUUGGUGCCCUUUGCUACGAAAGAACAUGGAAUAGAAGUUUGCCUGGUAUUUAUCAAGAAAGACAGACAUACACUAGAGGAUAACUUCUUUCUUGGUGCAAUGCUGCAGAUAUCAGAAAGCACAGACAUUGUUGGGACCAUAGUGAACUGCCUGCAGCUCUUCCCUUCUUAUUUCCAGCCUAUAGUUGAAACCAUCAAGAAAGAGCUUACUCAGCUACCUACACAGGACUUCUCAUGGGUGCCAUAUGUUGAUCUAUGGCACAGAAAACACUGGGACAAUCUUCAUAGUUUUAGCACUCAAUGGUUUCGUCCAGACCCAUUAUGUUGCAAGCAGCAUGAUCAGCAUAAGGUUGGCCAUAUUAGUAACCUAGGCGAGGUAGAUGCUUCUCUGGAUUCAAUUAUUGUAGUAAAUUUGCAGUGUCAGAUCUCACUAUCCGAGUACAAUAAACAACGGACCUCACUGUCUGAACAUAAAUAUUCUCUGCGCGGUCAUCAGAAGCUGAAAGCUGGACUCCUCUUUACUCCCCAUGGUUCUUCAGAAAACAUGCUACCUGCGAAUAGAAGUUCUACAAUGGCGCCAAUAUUCAGAAGGAGAAGGGGACAACAUUGCGAGCAUACUGACAUUACCUUGGAACAACUGAAAGAAAUCAUACUGCCAAAGGCAAUAAAUUAUUUCCAACAAAACACUGAAGCGACAGUCUACCAAAUACUAUGGAAGGCUAUACAUGGCACUGCAUACAUUAAUUUUGGAAAGCCAAGCAUGGAAGCUCCAGGUCCACAGAGAACUUUUAGGGGAGCUAGGAAAAGAAAACUGGUGCAACAAAAGGAUCAGGAGCUGCAGCAUCGGACACAUAUGAUCUCUCACUUGAUCGACUUAUGGGGUGCACAUGCGCCUCUUCGGCUACAAGGCUUGAUCUUGGACUGGAUUCAGAAAGAAAAGGAAAAUCAGUUAGAAGCACCAGUGAACCGCUGCUGCACCUGAAAUUCUAAAUCAUUUAACCUGGAGAGAUAACCGUAACAGAUCAAAGGUUGGAUUACUACUCAGAAAAGAGAGCAAAUCUAUCAGAAAAAACAAAAGUGCAGAUAUAUUGGGAGAUAUAGUUUGGGUCAAAUGCUCUGUGUUUCCAGUGAAGGUCUUAAAUUGUUGGUCUUGAAAUUAGGAACUACUACUAUAAUUCUACAUUAGGAACUUAUGGAAGUACAGCACAUCACUUGAUCUCAGUUUGAGUUAUGCAUAUAUGACCAGCUGAUCAAGUGAUCAUGUAAUGGGAAUUACUUGGGAAUAAAAAGUGAAACCUGUUUGUAAC